UAGGGAAUAAAAUAGUUCCAACAGAAAACGUGCCAUUACCGAACGCAACUUUCAUUAUUGUUUGGAUUACCAUUCGAUUUAUUUAUUCUCUGGAAUUUGAUAUGGCGAGCAAUAUGGCACGGCAUUAUUAAAAAUUUUGUCACAUAAAUCGUCUAUCCAAAGAUUGAUAAUUGUUUAAGUGAUACGAUGAUUUAUUUUCAAAUAAUUUUAUCAUCUUGUUCUUUCACCUUUAGUAGGCGUACUUGAUACUAAUGAUAUCCCGUUUAGGUGAAGGUGAGCGUAUAUGUAUGUAAACGUGAUACGUAUGUGCACGUUGAAUCAUUAUUUCUCAUAACCUUUUGAUGAAUACGAAAUAUAGCAGAUGCAAUUUGACAAUCUUAAAAGAUGUGGUUAAAUCCAUACGUCUUAUAGCCGGCAAGCAGCGGAGAUAGUAGACGCAUACUAUAUCCAAUGGAGUGGACCGUGUUCUCGUGAUUUUUCGCUUGAACGUAUCAUAUCAUGGCCUCGUCAAAUAGAAGGAUUCAAACUGGUUCUGCUUGGUUUCAAACAAAAAUUAACCUAAGACCACAGCGUCGAGGUAUCCAUCAUGUUACCGAAGAAAUCUUAAGAAGACUUCCCGAACUUUGUGAAUUUUCUGUCGGACUUUGUCAUAUACAAAUUCUUCAUACUUCAGCAAGUUUAGCAUUAAAUGAAAAUUGGGAUCCAGAUGUUAGAGACGAUGUAGAAAUGAUGCUUAAUAAAAUAGUUCCUGAAGGGUUGGCCUAUAGACACAGUUGUGAAGGACCAGAUGAUAUGCCAGCACAUGUAAAGGCAUGUUUUCUGGGCUCUUCAUUGAGUAUUCCAAUUACUGAUGGCAAAUUGACUUUGGGUACGUGGCAAGGAAUUUGGUUGUGUGAACACCGUAAUGAGGCUGGAAGUCGUAAAGUAGCUAUAACAUUAACUGGUUGUCUCAGGGAUCCUGCACGUAGCCCUUUGAGUCCUGUUAGUCCUAUCGCUUCUACUAGUAGCUAGGACCACUCACACCCCCAAAGGCGUAGCAAACGUCAGCUGCGCAUAUCUACAUCCAGUGAUUCAAGCUAGCAGCUGCUUAAAUUUAGUCAAAUUCUAAGGGUAUAAUUCAAAAGAGUGUAUGGAUACUUAAAAAAAAUAUACAUAAGUAGUGUAUUUCUUUGUAACAAGUAAUAACUAUUAUUGAAGAAAUCUUAAGAAAAAAUAUUAAUAUAUUUGUAUAUUUCAUCUGUUAAUAAUAUUUACCAUCAAAUUUUUCAUGUUUCUUUUCUAAGGUAUACCAGUCUACUUAUAUCGACAGCAUUUCUUUAUCAUUCCUGUUUAAAUUAACAUACCAACAUAUUUAUGGUUUUUUUUUAUUAUAAAAAGACAUAUGCUUAAGUUAAAAUAACAAUUGAAGUAAUAGUCAGAAGAUGUGGUUCAUUAGAUAUAAUGUUGUUCCAUACUUAUAAACUGCCAAGGCAAAUGUACAUUGUACUUAGAAACACAUAAGUAAAUUAAUAGAAGUAUCCGACACUCUUCUUCAUUGCCCUUAGAUAAAAAUUAAUAUAAUGCGUUCCGAUAUAAUGCGUCCAAUACUUCGAAUUUAAUUACAUAGCUUUAUUUAAGUAAUCCUUUUGUAAAAAAAAAAACAAAAAAAAACUGGUUGAUAAGAAAA